UUAAUGUGUAAGACAGUUCUUAGAAAAGGAGAGCAAGACAGACUGGAUCCUCCCUCUCUCGGCCUGAAAAGGAGAGAAUAUAUUAGUUACAGACUGGAGGAUUGUGUUUUAGAGGUGAGGAGAAGGCAACUCUUCUGCUUUUCUCCUAUCCUCCAGCAGUCUCUCUCUCUCUCUGUCUCUCUCUCUCUCUAUCUCUAUCUCUCUGUCUCUCUCUCUGUCUCUCUCUCUGUCUCUCUCUCUCUGUCUCUCUCUCUAUCUCUCUCUCUCUGUCUCUCUCUCUCUCUCUCUGUCUAUCUCUCAGGACUGAUAAUGUGGAACCUCAGUGAUGGUGAGUCUGACCGUAACGGGUCGUUCUCUGGAGAGGACUGUGAGGUCGAGCAGGCUCUGGGCAUCGUGCUGGCCGUCAUGAUGGCUCUGGUGGUCUUCUCGCUGGGCUGCUCGGUGGAGGUGGUGAAGGUGUGGAUGCACGUGCAGCGCCCGUGGGCCAUCCUGCUGGGGCUGCUGUGCCAAUUCGGGCUCAUGCCCCUCACCGCCUACCUGCUGGCACUGGGCUUCUCCGUCACGCCCGUGCAGGCCGUCGCCAUCAUCAUUGUGGGCUCCAGCCCCGGAGGAAGCACCUCCAACUUCAUCACCUACUGGCUGGAUGGAGACAUGGACCUCAGCAUCACCAUGACGAGUAUCUCCACUGUGCUGGGGCUGGGCUCCAUGCCUCUGUGCCUCUAUAUCUACUCCUACUCGUGGAUGCAGACGGGAGGUGUGCAGAUCCCGUACCUCAACAUCGGAAUCGCGUCCAUCACGCUGAUUGUUCCUGUGCUGUUCGGAGUGCUGGUCAACUACAAGUGGCCGAAAGUAGCAAAAAUCAUUUUGAGGGUCGGCUCCUUAGUGGGCGGGUUGGUGAUGUUAGCAGUUGGUGUGGCUAGUUCUGUGUUAUCUGAUGACCUGUGGAGCUCAGACACCUCUAUUCUUGUGAUUACUGCCAUCUUUCCCCUGAUUGGCUACCUGGCUGGAUUCAUCAUCACCAUUAUAGCCCGACAGCCAUGGAACCGGUGCAGAACCAUCUCCAUGGAGACGGGAGCCCAGAACAUGCAGCUGUGCGGGGUGUUUCUGCAUCUGUUCUUCCCGUCGUCUGACGUGGUCACUCUGCCUGUCCUGUACUACUGCUUCCAGCUUCUCAGUGGCCUCCUGCUGGUCACAGUCUUUCAGAUUUACAAGAGGAUUUCAUGGAGGAGCGAGGUGACCUUUCAGCAAAGAGAAAGCAUCAAUGAGUGUGAUUUAAUGGAAAGAUACUGCCUGACAGAGUGAGAGUACAGAGACCUCACUGCGCUGCUGCCUCACUCUCAGACUCACUCUUCACUGAGAGGACAGACUGUGUGGAAAGUGCAGAUUCUAAACUCUCGAUCCAGACCAUGUCAGUGUCUGUGAGCAGAAUAGCAGAUACUUUAUUAUCAUUUGAUUAUGAUGGAAAGUUAUUGUUGUGUUUGCAGCAGCAGUGGAAAAUACUUAAAGCUGCACUGUGAAUGAUUUUUGUUAAACUGACAGAGGCAGCGUCACAGAGUCGGGAGGAAAGCUCGAUGUUUCGGCCUCAAAUGAUCUCAGACUCAACAUCACACUGAUGAAGAUGUGACGACUAUAGUAGAUAAUUCACUCUCAUCCUCAGAGACGCUCCUUC